CGCAGAGAUGCUGAGUGUAUCGCGGGCACAAACAGUUCACACGAGCUCCCUGUCUUUCGCCGAGCCCCGGCGGCCUCUCUCUCCACCGAUGCCGAAAGCCUUCCACAGAGAACGGGCGGCUGAGAAAGCUCUGCAAGGGCGCACGGCGCUCUGGGAAGCAGGGAAGCGUGGCCCGGACUCUCAUUCCCCCUCAGGUGCAGGUGCUAUAUAUGUGCAAGGGAAUCGAUUGGGAAGGAAGGGCAUGAAACGACACUGUUUGCAUGCACAGGCGUGGCGCAGAAGGGCUGUCGUGAUGGUCACGAUGUUCGUCACGGUGAAGUGACUGUGAGUGAGGGCAUUGUGGGCGGCGACGUUACUUCUGCACGCGUCAUGACGAUGCUCGAGGAGUGGGGCCAGCAGGUAUGUGCGGCCUGGGAGCUGGCCCGGGGAAGUUGGCCUGCAUCAUGUGUGUCAAGCUUUUCUUUCUGUCGAAUGUACUAUGCAGGUAGAGGCUCUGCAGAGCCGGCUGCAGAACAUUCGGUCACAGGUCGAUUUCAGAGGAGGACCGCGAGACACCAAAGUGAUGGUGAGCCCGACCAGGACACAGACACCAUUUCAAUCUCACGGUCUGGUUGGCUGUCUGUCUGUCUGCCUGCCUGCUUGUCUCUCUGUUUCUCUCUCUCUUCCUCUUUGCGUGUCAGCGGUAUGCGGACUUGCUGCCAAAUCGCCCUCUACCUCAUUUACCUGCGCACCUGCCAAAGGACACAACAUUGGCCGCCAAAUCACCUGUCAAGACCUCGAUGGAAUCAAAGGCGGCUUCAGCCACCACUACGAAGGCAUUAUCCAUGGCUGAAGACGAGACACGGCACACUCGGCUGGCCGCCUACCCCAACCUCUACGACCUCCUCUGCUCCGAAAGCCCCUCAAAGAAGGAAACAUCGAAAUCCGAAGGACCUUCACCUGCUCGUGGUGUCUCCUCUCGGGACAAUGAGACGGAUGGAAUUGCAAACACGGGCAAGGAUGACGACAACAGUACGCACGAGACGCCGAGGUGGCUGCGGCACUAUCGCAAAUGGCAGAAGAAGCAGAGACACUCACGGAAGACCGAACACGCCACGAAGAGAGCCGACAAGAAGACCCCAGCAUCGGCUCACAGCGGUGAAGAUCUCCCCAUCCCUCCAGCACACCGGCGAGACGUGGCGGUGCAGUGCGGCCGGAUGAAGAAACAAAACGAAAAGGAGGGACCGGAUGAAGCUGACACAGCACCUGAGGCGCCGACAGACCAAACCAACACCAUAACAGCCAGCAGCAACAACAACACCAACAAGAUCAACAAUGACCAAUCAGCCGACGCGGCAAUGGGGGCAAAAAAAACUCCCGUAUGCGAAGAGCCAGCGAAUGCGCCGCCCCCGGAAGCAGCUGACAAUCCGGCCGUGACAGAGAGACAUGAGAAGGCCGCGUGGACCACGCCGCAGCGCGAGAGCGGCCCAAAGCCGACAUCGUCUCCAUCUCGGCAGACAGACGACCGGUCCCCGCCCUUCACAGGAAGGCGAGUCCUCUCGUCCAGCACGCGGCUCUCAUUCACGCCCUCAUGCUACAGCACUGCCGCGGCAUCUGCCCGCUUCUCAGCCAGGCUCCCCUCCCCCUCCCACGGUCGGCCGUCAGGCCCUUCUCUGUCCCCUAAGAAGCCCUUUCCCACUUUCCCGCCACCCCCACCACCACCCCGCCACUCGUCGUCAUUUGUGAGGCGAGCGCCGGUGCACUGGACGGCUGAGCACAUGUCGUAUGCUGCAUCGUGGGGCGGCCACCGCCACGGCCAUGUGCACAUGCACUGUGGCGGGGCCAGGAUGACGAGGUGGUUUGUGAGGUCCAGGUCGGCUUUCAGCGGGCGGCAGGGAGGUGCUGCUGCUGCCAGUGCUGCCAGUGCUGCCACUGGUCUUCAGGGUGGGUAUCGGCCAGGGACGGUUCACUCGUUUAGGGCAUCGUCGCGGCGAGAGGCCCCCGAUCGAAGGAGUGAAGAGCAUGUGAGGGUGCAGGUGAGUGGGCACAUGAGCAGGCAGGUACGAGUGAGACACAUGUGUGUCGGGCGGGGUGCAUGCAGGACGAAAUGAUCACGGAAUGCCAAAUCCGGCAGCGACUGGUGAAGUCGAGUUGACACAUUCAUUCACCAACCAAAUGAGAUUGUGCGAGUCAGUGAUAGCUUCACGUCUGUGUCCUGCAGGCUGAGUUGUUGUGUCUGCCGAUUGAGGAGCGCAGGAGACAUCUGCGCACGAUGCUCUUCGAGUGGCACCCGGUCGGUAUACAACAGAUGCACGUGCUGUGAUGGGAAUGGGUGUGGAGGCGACUAUGUGUGUGUGUGCAGGACAAGAAUCCUGACCGUGAGUCGCUGGCUACGCGCAUCUUCCAGCUCAUACAGAGCAAAAAGAAGAUACUCGUCAACUGACUGACCCCCUCGUGUGGACGUGCAGCGUCUGUGUGUGUAUGUUUGUUGAGAGGCGCUGUUGGGGUUGAAGCUGACGCGAGCAACAGUGCCGUUGAAACUGACUUGACGGCAGCAUGUACAUGUUGGUCUGCUCAUCUGUCCGUGAAGGCAUCCGUCUGUGUGCCUGGCUGACGUACCUACCUGUCUGUGUGCCAUAUCAAUAAAGCACUAAACUGCA